UACGUGUUUUGCACAUGGCAUGGAGGAGGCUCCGUGCUGGGCUUAGUAGCAGCCGCUCUGGAGCGAAGGCCCUAAGUUCAUGCACUCGCUUGUCCUCCUGGAAGCUUUGGAACCUUCUGUGUGAAGUGGUCUGGUAAUUGGUAACAGUCGCACACUGAGGAAGUUGCCAUUGCCAACUAGGAUAUGACACUGAAUUGUACAUCAGGGAAAUUAAUCUGGUUUUAAGGGUUGAAUUACCCUGCUCCAUUGCAGUGGGUUUUUAUCCCGUUUCUUGAUAAAGAUGGCAGCCAACAAUGCGGUGCUGAACAGACUGGAGCAGAAGGGUGCAGAGGCUGAUCAAGUUAUUGAAUACCUCAAGCAGCAAGUUGCUCUGCUCAAGGAGAAAGCUAUCUUGCAGGCAUCGCUCCGAGAAGAGAAGAAGCUUCGUGUGGAAAAUGCUAAACUAAAGAAAGAAAUUGAAGGGCUGAAACAAGAGCUGAUUCAGGCAGAAAUUCGAAAUGGAGUAAAACAGAUUGCAGUUCCUCCUGGUACAACUGUUUCUACAGCUUCGUUUGCAGAUGGUGAUCCACAACCCACAGCAGUUACAUCAUCUCCUGGCCCAAAAGAUCACGUUAAAGGUGAAGAUGAAGAAAAGAAAAAGAAGGAGAAAGUAGAAAAAAAAGGUGAAAAGAAGGAAAAGAAACAGCAGCCUGCUGCUGGAAGUAGUGAUUCAAAGCCUGUAGAUGUUUCUCGUCUGGAUCUUCGUGUUGGCUGCAUCAUCACUGCUGAAAAGCACCCAGAUGCAGACUCUCUCUAUGUUGAAAAGGUGGAUGUUGGAGAGGCAAGCCCACGGACUGUUGUCAGUGGUUUAGUGAAGCAUGUUCCUCUGGAUCAGAUGCAGAAUCGGAUGGCAAUACUACUCUGUAACUUGAAGCCUGCGAAGAUGAGAGGAGUCGUAUCUCAAGCCAUGGUGAUGUGUGCCAGCUCCCCAGAAAAAGUGGAAAUUCUGGCUCCCCCAGCUGGGGCAGUACCUGGGGACAGAAUCACAUUUGAAGGUUUUCCUGGAGAUCCUGAGAAGGAACUUAAUCCCAAGAAGAAGAUGUGGGAGCAAAUCCAACCUGAUCUUCAUACCAAUGACCAGUGUGUUGCAACAUACAAAGGAGUUCCAUUUGAAGUGAAAGGGAAAGGUGUCUGCAGGGCAGAGACCAUGGCAAACAGCGGAAUUAAAUAAGUGGUUAUUAGCCUGUUCAGUUGUUGAAAUGGAAAGUAACGAGAGCACAAUAAAAACAUCAAUAUAUAACCCCUCUGAAAUGCAUGGCUAAUAUGUUUUUUUGUUUGAUUCCUCUUCCAGAGAUACAGAAUGUUCUGCCUGUAAUAGUUCAACAAUUCACUCGUUCUCCAUAUUUACUGUCCCUGAGGUUAUGUUCUCCGCAGUCAGUAACCACACAAUGUUCAAGACUUAACUGCCAAACGCUUGUUCAUGUUAGAACUGAAUUAUGGCAAGCAUCUUUUCUAGACAGCUGAAAGUUUUAGAGGAUCCAUGAAGCAUGAGCAUCUCAAUAAGGAAAACUUUCUGCCGUGUUCCUCGUGUGGUAACCUCAGUUCAAGAGGUACAGCAUGAGGUCAGUGAAGACCGUAAUUAGUUUCAUUCUUCUUGUCUUUCAGAGGUUUCACACCUCUCAAGAAUUUUUCAGAUACAUUAUAGACUUCUGUGAAUUUUGAUUUUGGAUGUGUCAUCUGAGCUGCCUGUGGGCAGUUGUAAUGGGAAUAUAAAACUGUCCAUUUAUGCCCUAAUACAAACACAUUGACAUACAUCAAAUAUGUUGUUUUACUAUAUUAGCUUGUUUAAUCUUUUCUAACUUGAUAGUUCCAAAUGACAGAUAGUACUACAGAAGAAUGAAUAGCUAAUAGAUGGCCAAGCAAUGUUAGACAAAUACGCCCCCAAAAAAGUUUCCAAUGCUUGAAACACAUAUAAAAUGAAUUUAUUUCUUGUUUUAAUGUAUCUUUGAUUAAUAUUUUAUACAGAAUAUGCUUUGGUUUUAAUAGAAAUGGCUUCUUCAGGUUUUACCAUUUGAAUUACUCCAUAAUACGUUACGAGCAGUCAGACCUGCUAUGGGAAAAUCCUCAAAUGACUCCUUUUAAUUCUUGCCUUUCAAUACUCUGAAGUAACCAUUUUAGAUCAACUCACAAUUGAACCUUUUAGGCAACCAUUUAGGGGUAAUUGUAUGUUUGAGCAUAUACUAUUUAAUUAACUGUCUACAGCCUAACUACUCAAACAGCACUUUUCUAACCACUGAAAUAAUAAUAAUAAUAAUAAUAAAAAAAAAAACCUUACCCAACCUGAAUUUCACAGGCUUUGAACUUCAUCCCGUAAGCUGGGAGACAAAAACAAAAUGAUGAUGAUACAAAAUUGAAAGGAGCAGGCACAAAAGAAAAGAUGAACAGGUUUCUUUUUUGGAUGCGUUUUGUAUGUGCCUAUGCACUUAACUGUGCUAAUUUUCUGUUCAUCUGGGAAUAAGCAGUAGUAAUUAGCACAUUUAAAAUGUGCUGAAUACUGUUAGGCAUAUGGGAACUAUUUUAACUGCUUUGUAAACUACAUAUCUGUUAAUACCCUAUUAAACAACAUUCUUGAAGU